AUGGUGGAAGCAGAAGACCAGCGGAUACCAGAUCACGCGACGAGGGAGCCGGUGCAGAAGCACAGCACAAAGAGGAAAAGCCUCAGUGCACGGUGGAAGCAGAAGACCUGCGGAUACCAGACCACGCGAGGAGAGAGCCGGUGCAGAAGCACAGCACAAAGAGGAAAAGCCUCAGUGCAUGGUGGAAGCAGAAGACCAGUGCGCAGCAAACCACGCGAGGAGGGAGCCGGUGCAGAAGCACAGCACAAAGAGGAACAGCGUCAGUGCACAGUGGAAGCAGAAGACCAGCGGAUACCAGAUCACGCGAGGAGGGAGCCGGUGCAGAAGCACAGCACAAAGAGGAAAAGCCUCAGUGCAUGGUGGAAGCAGAAGACCAGCGGAUACCGGACCAUGCGAGGAGUGAGCCAGUGCACAAGCACCGCACAAAGAGGAACUGCCUCAGUGCACGUUGGAAGCAGAAGACCAGCGGAUAUCAGACCACAGACCACGGGAGGAGGGAGCCGGUGCAGAAGCACAGCACAAAGAGGAACAGCCUCAGUGCACGGUGGAAGCAGAAGACCAGCGGAUACCAGACCACACGAGGAGGGAGCCGGUGCAGAAGCACCGCACAAAGAGGAACAGCCUCAGUGCACAGUGGAAGCAGAAGACCAGCGGAUACCGGACCACACGAGGAGGGAGCCGGUGCAGAAGCACAGCACAAAGAGGAACAGCCUCAGUGCACGGUGGAAGCAGAAGACCAGCGGAUACCAGACCAUGCUAGGAGGGAGCCGGUGCAGAAACACAGCACAAAGAGGAAAAGCCUCAGUGCAUGGUGGAAGCAGAAGACCAGCGGAUACCAGACCACAGACCACGCGAGGAGGGAGCCGGUGCAGAAGCACAGCACAAAGAGGAACAGCCUCAGUGCACGGUGGAAGCAGAAGACCAGCAGAUACCAGACCACACGAGGAGGGAGCCGGUGCAGAAGCACAGCACAAAGAGGAACAGCCUCAGUGCACGGUGGAAGCAGAAGACCAGCAGAUACCAGACCACACGAGGAGGGAGGCGGUGCAGAAGCACCGCACAAAGAGGAACAUCCUCAGUGCACAGUGGAAGCAGAAGACCAGUGGGCAGCAAACCACGCGACGAGGGAGCCGGUGCAGAAGCACAGCACAAAGAGGAACAGCCUCAGUGCACGUUGGAGGCAGAAGACCAGCGGAUACCAGACCACGUGAGGAGGUAGCCGGUGCAGAACCACCGCACAAAGAGGAACAGCCUCAGUGCACAGUGGAAGCAGAAGACCAGCGGAUACCGGACCACGCGAGGUGGGAGCCGGUGCAGAAGCACAGCACAAAGAGGAACAGCCUCAGUGCACGGUGGAUGCAAAAGACCAGCGGAUACCAGACCACAGACCACGCGAGGAGGGAGCCGGUGCAGAAGCACCGCACAAAGAGGAACAGGGUCAGAGCACGGUGGAAGCAGAAGACCAGCGGAUACCAGACCACGGGAGGAGGGAGCCGGUGCAGAAGCACCGCACAAAGAGGAACAGCCUCAGUGCACAGUGGAAGCAGAAGACCAGCGGAUACCGGACCACACGAGGUGGGAGCCGGUGCAGAAGCACAGCACAAAGAGGAACAGCCUCAGUGCACGGUGGAUCCAAAAGACCAGCGGAUACCAGACCACAGACCACACGAGGAGGGAGCCGGUGCAGAAGCACUGCACAAAGAGGAACAGCCUCAGUGCACGGUGGAUGCAAAAGACCAGCGGAUACCAGACCACAGACCACGCGAGGAGGGAGCCGGUGCAGAAGCACAGCACAAAGAGGAACAGCCUCAGUGCACGUUGGAGGCAGAAGACCAGCGGAUACCAGACCACGUGGGAGCCGGUGCAGAAGCACAGCACAAAGAGGAACAGCCUCAGUGCACAGUGGAUGCAAAAGACCAGCGGAUACCAGACCACAGACCACGCGAGGAGGGAGCCGGUGCAGAAGCACAGCACAAAGAGGAACAGCCUCAGUGCAUGUUGGAAGCAGAAGACCAGCGGAUACCAGACCACGUGAGGAGGAAGCCGGUGCAGAAGCACCGCACAAAGAGGAACAGCCACAGUGCACAGUGGAAGCAGAAGACCAGCGGAUACCAGACCACAGACCACGGGAGGAGGGAGCCGGUGCAGAAGCACCGCACAAAGAGGAACAGGGCCAGUGCACGUUGGAAGCAGAAGACCAGCGGAUACCAGACCACGGGAGGAGGGAGCCGGUGCAGAAGCACAGCACAAAGAGGAACAGCCUCAGUGCACAGUGGAAGCAGAAGACCAGCGGAUACCAGACCACGGGAGGAGGGAGCCGGUGCAGAAGCACAGCACAAAGAGGAACAGCCUCAGUGCACGGUGGAAGCAGAAGACCAGCGGAUACCAGACCACAGACCACACGAGGAGGGAGCCGGUGCAGAAGCACCGCACAAAGAGGAACAGGGUCAGAGCACUGUGGAAGCAGAAGACCAGCGGAUACCAGACCACGGGAGGAGGGAGCCGGUGCAGAAGCACCGCACAAAGAGGAACAGCCUCAGUGCACAGUGGAAGCAGAAGACCAGCGGAUACCGGACCACACGAGGUGGGAGCCGGUGCAGAAGCACAUCACAAAGAGGAACAGCCUCAGUGCACGGUGGAUGCAAAAGACCAGCGGAUACCAGACCACUGACCACACGAGGAGGGAGCCGGUGCAGAAGCACUGCACAAAGAGGAACAGCCUCAGUGCACGGUGGAUGCAAAAGACCAGCGGAUACCAGACCACAGACCACGCGAGGAGGGAGCCGGUGCAGAAGCACAGCACAAAGAGGAACAGCCUCAGUGCACGUUGGAGGCAGAAGACCAGCGGAUACCAGACCACAGACCACGCGAGGAGGGAGCCGGUGCAGAAGCACAGCACAAAGAGGAACAGCCUCAGUGCAUGUUGGAAGCAGAAGACCAGCGGAUACCAGACCACGUGAGGAGGAAGCCGGUGCAGAAGCACCGCACAAAGAGGAACAGCCACAGUGCACAGUGGAAGCAGAAGACCAGCGGAUACCAGACCACAGACCACGGGAGGUGGGAGCCGGUGCAGAAGCACCGCACAAAGAGGAACAGGGUCAGUGCACGGUGGAAGCAGAAGACCAGCGGAUACCAGACCACGGGAGGAGGGAGCCGGUGCAGAAGCACAGCACAAAGAGGAACAGCCUCAGUGCACAGAGGAAGCAGAAGACCAGCGGAUACCAGACCACGGGAGGAGGGAGCCGGUGCAGAAGCACAGCACAAAGAGGAACAGCCUCAGUGCACGGUGGAAGCAGAAGACCAGCGGAUACCAGACCACAGACCACACGAGGAGGGAGCCGGUGCAGAAGCACCGCACAAAGAGGAACAGGGUCAGAGCACGGUGGAAGCAGAAGACCAGCGGAUACCGGACCACACGAGGUGGGAGCCGGUGCAGAAGCACAGCACAAAGAGGAACAGCCUCAGUGCACGGUGGAUGCAAAAGACCAGCGGAUACCAGACCACAGACCACGCGAGGAGGGAGCCGGUGCAGAAGCACAGCACAAAGAGGAACAGCCUCAGUGCAUGUUGGAAGCAGAAGACCAGCAGAUACCAGACCACGUGAGGAGGAAGCCGGUGCAGAAGCACCGCACAAAGAGGAACAGCCACAGUGCACAGUGGAAGCAGAAGACCAGCGGAUACCAGACCACAGACCACGGGAGGAGGGAGCCGGUGCAGAAGCACCGCACAAAGAGGAACAGGGUCAGUGCACGGUGGAAGCAGAAGACCAGCGGAUACCAGACCACGGGAGGAGGGAGCCGGUGCAGAAGCACAGCACAAAGAGGAACAGCCUCAGUGCACAGUGGAAGCAGAAGACCAGCGGAUACCAGACCACGGGAGGAGGGAGCCGGUGCAGAAGCACAGCACAAAGAGGAACAGCCUCAGUGCACGGUGGAAGCAGAAGACCAGCGGAUACCAGACCACAGACCACACGAGGAGGGAGCCGGUGCAGAAGCACCGCACAAAGAGGAACAGGGUCAGAGCACGGUGGAAGCAGAAGACCAGCGGAUACCAGACCACAGACCACACGAGGAGGGAGCCGGUGCAGAAGCACUGCACAAAGAGGAACAGCCUCAGUGCACGGUGGAUGCAAAAGACCAGCGGAUACCAGACCACAGACCACGCGAGGAGGGAGCCGGUGCAGAAGCACAGCACAAAGAGGAACAGCCUCAGUGCACGUUGGAGGCAGAAGACCAGCGGAUACCAGACCACGUGAGGAGAAGACCAGCGGAUACCAGACCACGGGAGGAGGGAGACGGUGCAGAAGCACAGCACAAAGAGGAACAGCCUCAGUGCACAGUGGAAGCAGAAGACCAGCGGAUACCAGACCACGGGAGGAGGGAGCCGGUGCAGAAGCACAGCACAAAGAGGAACAGCCUCAGUGCACGGUGGAAGCAGAAGACCAGCGGAUACCAGACCACAGACCACACGAGGAGGGAGCCGGUGCAGAAGCACCGCACAAAGAGGAACAGGGUCAGUGCACGGUGGAAGCAGAAGACCAGCGGAUACCAGACCACGGGAGGAGGGAGCCGGUGCAGAAGCACAGCACAAAGAGGAACAGCCUCAGUGCACAGUGGAAGCAGAAGACCAGCGGAUACCAGACCACGGGAGGAGGGAGCCGGUGCAGAAGCACAGCACAAAGAGGAACAGCCUCAGUGCACGGUGGAAGCAGAAGACCAGCGGAUACCAGACCACAGACCACACGAGGAGGGAGCCGGUGCAGAAGCACCGCACAAAGAGGAACAGGGUCAGAGCACGGUGGAAGCAGAAGACCAGCGGAUACCAGACCACAGACCACACGAGGAGGGAGCCGGUGCAGAAGCACUGCACAAAGAGGAACAGCCUCAGUGCACGGUGGAUGCAAAAGACCAGCGGAUACCAGACCACAGACCACACGAGGAGGGAGCCGGUGCAGAAGCACUGCACAAAGAGGAACAGCCUCAGUGCACGGUGGAUGCAAAAGACCAGCGGAUACCAGACCACAGACCACGCGAGGAGGGAGCCGGUGCAGAAGCACAGCACAAAGAGGAACAGCCUCAGUGCACGUUGGAGGCAGAAGACCAGCGGAUACCAGACCACGUGGGAGCCGGUGCAGAAGCACAGCACAAAGAGGAACAGCCUCAGUGCACGGUGGAUGCAAAAGACCAGCGGAUACCAGACCACAGACCACGCGAGGAGGGAGCCGGUGCAGAAGCACAGCACAAAGAGGAACAGCCUCAGUGCACGGUGGAAGCAGAAGACCAGCGGAUACCAGACCACGCGAGGUGGGAGCCGGUGCAGAAGCACCGCACAAAGAGGAACAGCCUCAGUGCACAGUGGAAGCAGAAGACCAGCGGGUACCGGACCACGCGAGGUGGGAGCCGGUGCAGAAGCACAGCACAAAGAGGAACAGCCUCAGUGCACGGUGGAUGCAAAAGACCAGCGGAUACCAGACCACAGACCACGCGAGGAGGGAGCCGGUGCAGAAGCACAACACAAAGAGGAACAGCCUCAGUGCACGGUGGAAGCAGAAGACCAGCGGAUACCAGACCACGGGAGGAGGGAGCCGGUGCAGAAGCACUGCACAAAGAGGAACAGCCUCAGUGCACAGUGGAAGCAGAAGACCAGCGGAUGCCGAACCACGCGAGGAGGGAGCCGGUGCAGAAGCACAGCACAAAGAGGAACAGCCUCAGUGCACGGUGGACGCAGAAGACCAGCGGAUACCAGACCACAGGAGGAGGGAGCCGGUGCAGGAACACUGCACAAAGACGACGGCGCUAG